AUGCUUCCGACUACCUUUCGUUUCUUUGCUGGCGCCCUUCUCGGCGCGUCUUUCGCCUUGGCGCAGUCCAACUCGUCCGUCGUCUGUGUUGCCGGACAAUGUUUGGAGGGGUUCUCAAAUACAACCAUUGGUGUUCGUUUGAAUUCGCCCAGCGUAGGCGUGGAGGUCCAGCUACUUCCGGGCCAGUACAGCUCUUCAACCAACCCCCAACUCCUACACGAGAUUCUCACGAGCUCCUCAACGCAAUACACGCCCUCGCCUGGAUUCAACUCGUCCUCUUCAUCAUCACCACUACCGCUCGGUGUCGCCCUACAGCCUGGCUUCUCGAUCUACUCGUCUCCACUCUAUGCUGGCCAAGCCAGCUUCGCGCCUCUACCCCAGAACGCCACGAACACAAGUAGUGGUUUCUCUGCGUCUUCACUCGCGAUUUCCGAUGGCGUGUGGCUGGCGGUGAAGGCGGGCACAUCCCAGAGCCGUAUGAUUCUCUGGGACUCGAUCCCGGAUACGUCGCAGAUCAACGGCUUGACGAGCCUAACCCUCGUGGACAUGCAAUCCAGCUCAUGCUCGACGCCAUGCUCCAGCGCGGGUCUCUGCACUACCUCGGGCAAAUGCAGCUGCCCUACCGGCUUCACUGGCGAAUCAUGCGAGACAUGCGCACCCGGCUUUUUCGGCCCUACCUGCCAGGCGUGCCCAGCGAACUGCACCUCGUGCGAUGAGGGGAUCUCCGGGUCCGGACGCUGUCUCACACCUAUUGUGUCCAACCCUCCCUCCAGCUGCAACUGCCUCAAUGGUCAAUGCCAGUCAAAUGGCCAGUGCACCUGCAACUCCGGAUGGACGGCCGCAUCAAACGGGACCGCGUGCGCCGCCUGCGCUGCUGGCUUCUUCCUCGACUCUAAUGGCGACUGCUCGAAAUGCGAGCUCGGUUGCGAUCAGUGCGAGAGCGGCAGUGGAAUUUGCACUGCUUGUGCGUCCGGCUUCACGCAGGACGCGAACGACCGGACCAAGUGCAAUGCUGCGACGACCGUCACUUCGAGCGGCACGCAGUGCCCCGACGGCAGCUUUAGCAACGGGACUGCCUGUGCGGCGUGCUCCACGAGCUGUACUACAUGCAAUGGACCAACGUCGAACGAUUGCAUCGUAUGUGCCAACGGCCAGUAUAAGCUGAAUGGGACUUGCGUUACGACCGACUCGAACGGUGUCUGUAGCGGCUCGAGUAUGGUCGCGAACAACAACAAGCACGAGUGUGACUCGUGCCCUUCGAAGUGCACCAGUUGUGCGAUCUCUGGUUUCAACGUCGCAUCUACUAUUGAUCAGGCGAAGUGCACCGGAUGUCUUCCAGGGUUCGUCCUGAACAACGGUCAGUGCGUUGAGAGCUGCCCAAGCGGUACAUUCUUGUCGCCGAAGGAUAACCUGACGUGUACCGCUUGCUCUUCGACCUGUGGUACUUGCGCGGGAUCUGCCGACUUCUGUCUCACCUGCGCGAACAACGCCCUUGCCUCGAAUGGCCAAUGCGUCACGUCUUGCCCUUCCAACACGUUCUCCUCGUCCGGGGCCUGUGUAGCUUGCCACCCCGACUGCGCGACUUGCUCCGGCACCUCGUUCAGUCAGUGCAGUUCUUGCCCUGCCGAACGUCCCGUUCUUUCCAAUGGUCGUUGUCUGCCGACUUGUUCCAAGAACCAGUUCUUCGAUACCGCCUCAAGCUCGUGCCAGUCCUGCGACUCGAGCUGUUCAAGCUGUUCCGGCUCUGGUCCGAGUAGCUGCUUGGCCUGCUCCAGUUCGAGUCAGAAGCUUAGUGGAGGAACCUGUGUAGACGCGAAGUGUUCGAACUCGAGCUCCAUCAUAUCUGGCCUGGGCGUCUGCCUCUCGGACCUCGUAGCCGUACCGCAAGCGUCGGGGACCACUACACCGCUUCCCACCAUCAGUGGGCUCACGGCGCCCGCAUCCAACACGACGAAGACCACGGCCCGUCUUGAGUGGUGGCAAAUCCUACUCAUGGCGCUCGGCUGCGCAUUUAUAUUCGUCGCGAUCCUCUGGCUGUACCGCAGGCGCCAGCUCAAGAAGCGCGCUCAGGCAACGGCGGCGUUUGCGGCUGCGAAGAACCUCCACCGCGGCAACUGGCGAUGGCGUUUGGCGGAGUUUGGUCAGCGGCUCUUUGGAGGUGGUAACCCCGAGGAGAGGCGUCAGCGCGCGGGACUCAAGCAGCUCAAACUUCGGAACGCUGAACAGGAACGCCAUGCGCUUGUGAUGGGGAAACUCGGCGGCCCGUCGUCGCUUCCCUCGUAUCACGAUCACUCCCGCGCGUCCUCGCUGAAUGGGCACGGACAGCGCUGGAGUGGAGGAGACCACGAAUCUUUCUACUCUCAGGUCACAGGCCUACCACCGCGCGCUCCCGUUCCGCGACAGCCGGUGCGGGAUCCUGCUCCCAUGGCAUCACGCUUUUCGUGGACGACCGUAGGCACCACGCCGUUCCCUCGAUACCAGACCGAGGCACAGCGAUACGCUCAGUCUGUAAGGACGGCGAGCCCGGUGCCCUCCGAACCUGAAGGAGAACGUGGCAGCUAUUGGUUGAAGCCCAACAACACUGGCGCGACAACACAAUCGACCAACCCCUUUAGGCGAUGA